UCAGGGUGCACGUAUGAGUGCUCCGCACACAGGGCUCUCUGCUUCACAAAGACCGGGACUCUAAUGAAGUGAUGUCCCCUCCAUGGGGAUUUUUCUUUUAAAAUUUUAAAUGUUCUUUCCUGUCUUUGGUUUUUUUCAUUUAUGGUAACCAGCCUAAGGGCUUUGCUGGAAAUCAGAGCUGCGAGAGAACGAUGGGCUGGAAUUUUCAUACUUCACACCCAAUGGCUAUGCGGCUUUCGGUAGCCGUUUUCCUGGCUCUGUUUUAUACAGGUCACGCAUCGGAGAAUCACCCACAGGUAUACUUCGUAUCCAGGAACUUUCAGCACAUUCUGCACUGGGAGAAACAGAACAGCUCUACAGGCAAACCCGUCCUGUACAGUGUCCAGUACAUCAUUUAUGGGCACCAGUGGCAGGAGAAGGCCGAAUGCCAGAACAUCACAGUCCUGUCAUGUGACCUGUCAGCCGAGAUGAAGAAUACCCACGAGUAUUACUACAGCAGAGUGACCGCUGACGGGGCCGAGCUCGGGGUUACACCCAGGUUCAGACCCAUGGACGACACGGUCCUUGGUCCUCCGAUCGUGUCUGUAUUAGCGGGAGCGGAAUCGCUGGAUCUGACAGUGAGGCUGCCGACGGGGCCUGAUAACAGGACGUCUUUGGAGGAUUUAAUAAAAGCCGGACUGCAGGGUCGAGUCAUCCAGUACACGGCCAGGAUAAACUCCUCUGACGGGGCAGUUCAGGAAAACAGGACAAGUUCUGCAAUCAUCACUUUCAACCACCUCAAGAAUAACAGAAGACACUGCGGGACCGUGUCCUACACCUACGCCGUCAGGAGUCAGAGCGAAGCUUUCGAAUUCUGUGUGAGGACCCUUCAAGUUUCAGACCCCAGCGUGAUCAUCGCCGGCUCCCUGCUGGGGGGGCGGAGUCCUCAUCGUCUUCCUGUCCGCCUCCUGCUUCCUGUACGUGAAGCAGAAGAGCCGCAUGCCGUACUCUCUGAAUGUUCCUGGAAGCAGCAUAACUCCCCCUGGACUGCUUUCCCCACGUGAGAGCAUCUCCAUCAUCAGGGAGGUGAAUCCUCUCCCCUUCUUAUCUCCAGAUAAGCCGGCCCCCAAGGUUCGGCAGA